AUGGGCUACUGUCCGCCAACCACACUUUUAGGGCGUAAGUAUGGGCCUAGUGUAGGGCUGUUGCGCAAGACCCACGACGGCUAUCUGGACGAGGUCCAGCUCGCUUCAAAACGUGUCACCCGAGACUCCAGGCAGCGCCGCCGUCAGCGGGCCAGCAAAUGCGAAGACGAUGCCAUCUGGGAUGAUGAAGAGUGGCAGGAGGCUACUCUCCACGGCGAGGAGCACGAGAACGAGAAUGACGACGUCGGCGAUGAUGCCACAGGAUCCUGUAGCGACACGGCCGAUUGCGAUGAAGUCGAGGAAGAAAAUGACGAUACCGCAGACAUGGUCGACGAGCUUAGCAAGCACGGCUUCGACUACUUCGGUCACAUCGCCACCACCAACAAGGCGACGGCCAAACUCCCACAAGAGAUCCUCGACAUACUCGUCGGCCACACCAUCCCCACAGCCCUCGAGACAUAUCGUCGCCUACCUUCAACCGGCUACACCCUCCACGCCAUCAACCAGGAGGACUUCUGA